UCAUAUUUUCAGUACCAAAGGGAUUAUUAUGAUCCAAUUAAAAAUAUGGCAAGAGAAGUAAUAUCAUCAGCUUUGAACAAGCCAGUAAUUGCAUUUUUGAUUUGUGAAAAAUCUCACACAAUAGCAAAGGAAGGAAAAAAUAUAACAACCCAUGAAGGUAAUUUUGAUCAAUCAUCAUGCCAAAUGGAACAUCAAAUUUUGAUAGAUAUUUUAGAAGAAAUUACUCCAACUUUCAGAGAAAAUAAUCUUCUGCUUGAUAUUGCCAUUGAUGGUGAUCUAGAUAGUAAUAAAACCUUAUCAAAAUAUAAUAUUGUAAACCAAAUUUUUACUGACUUAAAGCAUAAGACAAAAACAAUUAGAAAUAAGAUAAAUAAUGGCAAGUAUAAAAAAUGGGAAAAUUUUGAAAAGUGCAUUCUUGAUUAUUAUACUGCAUGUGUAUAUACAGCAAGUAAUCAAAAAGAUAAUUAUAAUGAAAAAUCUAUUGAAGAGAAGAAAACAUUACCUUUACCUCCUGAUGAUGAUAAUAUACAUUAUAUGCAAACUGAAAUUUUGUUUGAACAUUUGUGUGACAAGCAUGAUAAUUGUUGGGAAGAAGUUUGUUGGAAAAGCAAAAAUCCAGAAAUAGAGAACUUAAUUCAUUAUUCUAAAAUAGAAAAAGGAACAUUCAAAAAAAUGAUCCAAGACAUUAUCAAAAACCCAAAGGAAGAAUCAGAAGAUAUUAUAGUUCUGGAUUGGGCUUUCCAAGUUGAAUACAAAGAUGAUGCUAAUUUUUUGUCUGUUUUGGAGAAUCAAAUAAAUAUAAUUGCAAAUUCUUCAGAAAAAUACUAUAAUUACUUGCCAAUUGUGCAAUCAUCUGGAUAUGGAAAGACAAGUGAUAUUAUGUUAACUGAUAUAAGUUCAGCAGCAAAUGUAGAGAGUGCAACAAAUGUAGCAUCACAAUGGCUUUGGUCAAUGAUAAAGACAUUUCAUGACAUGCAGUUGGAGGGAAAAUCUUCUGAUUUGUUGGAUUUGUCACAUAGAUUCUGGGAACAA